UCCUCCGCCGGCAGCAACCCGUCGCCCGCGGUCCAUGGACCGGAACCCCGGGCCGACGGGCAGGAACCCGGGCCGCUAUCGCCGCCUCCCCGCCCUAGACUCCUCCUCCUCGCUCUCCACCGCCUCCUCCGGACGCCCGCAGGACGCACACCGCCGCCUCCGGGCUCGCGGAGCCACCCCAGGAGGCUGGGCGGCGGGUUCGCGGCUGCCGCCGGACUGAGGCCUACUCGGCGGCCUCUCAGUGCUAUUGUCCCUGGGCCCGGCCCUGACCAGGUCCACUGGGGAGGGCCGAGUGCGCCGGCUCCGCGGAAGAUGCCGGACCAAGCCCUACAGCAGAUGCUGGACAGAAGUUGCUGGGUAUGUUUUGCCACUGAUGAAGAUGAUAGAACAGCUGAAUGGGUGAGACCAUGCAGGUGCAGAGGAUCUACAAAAUGGGUUCACCAGGCUUGUCUACAGCGCUGGGUAGAUGAAAAACAAAGAGGAAACAGUACAGCCAGAGUGGCAUGUCCUCAGUGCAAUGCUGAAUACUUAAUAGUUUUUCCAAAGUUGGGUCCGGUUGUUUACGUCUUGGAUCUUGCGGAUAGACUGAUCUCAAAAGCUUGUCCAUUUGCUGCAGCGGGAAUAAUGGUUGGCUCUAUCUAUUGGACAGCUGUGACUUAUGGAGCAGUGACAGUGAUGCAGGUUGUGGGCCAUAAGGAAGGUCUGGAUGUUAUGGAAAGAGCUGACCCUUUAUUCCUUCUAAUCGGACUUCCUACUAUCCCUGUCAUGCUGAUACUAGGCAAGAUGAUACGCUGGGAGGACUACGUGCUUAGACUAUGGCGCAAAUACUCCAAUAAACUCCAAAUUUUGAACAGUAUAUUUCCAGGCAUUGGUUGUCCUGUUCCUCGCGUCCCAGCUGAGGCUAACCCUUUAGCAGACCACGUCUCUGCCACCCGAAUUUUGUGUGGAGCCCUUGUCUUUCCUACCAUUGCGACCAUAGUUGGUAAACUGAUGUUCAGUAGUGUUAACUCUAAUUUACAAAGGACAAUCUUGGGUGGAAUUGCUUUUGUUGCCAUAAAAGGAGCAUUCAAGGUUUACUUCAAACAACAGCAAUAUUUACGUCAGGCACACCGCAAAAUUCUAAAUUAUCCAGAGCAAGAAGAAGCAUAAAACUGUGACUUCUAGUUGUUCUGCAGUCCUCUCAUCCUUAUGAAUCUGUUGUGUUGUUCUGAUUCCAUCAUUAAUGCACAGUAGUGGAGACUUAUGAUAAGCUGCUGCUCAUAUUUUUAAGAAAUAUAAUAAAGCACUUAGGGCAGGGGAAAUCCUCUCAGUAAUCAUGGAACCUAAGGUUGUGAUUUGUUUUCAUUGUUUUGUAUGUACUUCUUUUAUGGCAGUCAUCUGAACCAUUAUUUAGCAUGGUAAACCUGGGUUUUGUUCAUAUUUUCUCCAGAUAGAAAUGUAAAGAUCAAACUGUGCAAAUAUUUAAAAAUGCACAUGCUGUUUUAUUCAAAUGCCUCUUUUGUACAUGUUCAUGUUCAGUGUUUUCAUAGAAUCAGCAACUCAAUGAAGGUACUAUGAGGAUUUUUCUCACUGGCAUAAUUUGAUUACAUGCUGAACAGGAAUAUAUGUUAAUAUGAGGAAAUGUAAAUUAGUUAUAAAAAAAACAAACCAAAAAUGUAUGUAAACAUUCAAAUGAUUAUCUGAACAAAUGCGAUUUUGUUGUGUUUUUCUUAACCCAUGUGACAUCCUCCAAAAUGUGUAGGAUAAAAAUUCACAGGGCUUCCAAAUCACUUUUUCACUAUUAAAUUUUAUUUAUAUAAUGUUGACAUCUCAUAGUUCAUAAUGUAAUUUUGACUCAUGCAGUCUUAAUUACUGUGUGUGUGUGUGUGUGUGUGUGUGUGUGUGUGUGUGUGUGUGUAAGAGUGUAAGAGAGAGCAGGAGAGAGUCAUCAGGACCUUCAAUCACUGGAGUAAGGUUUUUAAAUCCAUAUUUCUAGAAAUUAGAGCUGCCAGUUUCUAGUAGUUUGAGCACAGAGAAAGAUUUGCAAAAAAAAUCAAUAAAGUUAUUUUACUCUUCUCUUUCAUUGAUUCAGUUAUUCAGGUAUUUGUUGAUCACCUCCUAUUUGCCCAGGCAUUAUACAAAGUGCUGUGGGAUACAGUGGUGAACACGACAGACUUGGUUCCUGCUUUUAUGCAGUUUGCCGUCUAGUUUCAACAGAUAGAAAACCAGCAGUGAGUAAACCAAGGUGAGGCCUUGAGCUCUUUGUUUCUAUACCAGUCAGUGAGGAGAUAAUUAUGAAUACAAGAAGUCUUGAGUAAACAAUGAGGUUUUUGGCUUAAGUCAAUCUAUAAUUAAAACCAGUACUAAUGUUUUUAGAUUUUAAUUGCUUGUCAUAUUGAUGAGGCUAGCACCUUAAUCACUGUUUAACUAGUUUUAUGUUCAUUUUUAAAAAGCAAUUAUUUAUUUUAAGCCAUUUUUAAUAGUGGCCCUUUUAAUGUUGUUCAGCUAUCUGAAUGGUUUCACAGUUAUUUUCAUUAAAGUUAAAUUUUUAAAAGUUCCAAAAACCCUAUUUAUUUUCUUGUUCACAGUAUCUAAUGCAUGACAAUAAUAAACGUUUCCCUUACUGAUAAAUGGCCACUUCUCUUUAGGAGUGUAGCAAAUUAGAUUGAGCUAUGUCAGAUUGCAAUAAUGUAUGUUAACUUUAGUAAUUUAAGACUGGUACCUUUCUAUAGUAUGAAUGUCUUAAUUCUGUUAUAAAGUUUAUGUUAAUGGCUGUUGAACAUUCAGAGUUGUAAUUAUUUUGGGAGGAAGGGAAUAUUUGACAGUGAGCCUUAUUAAGAACACUGCUACGGUUCUGAAGGGGAAAUAUAAAAUCUAUGAUUAUAUAUAAAAAUAACUUAGAUUAUAUAGCUGUAAUUAUAAAAUAUAUUGGCUUUUCUUUAAUUUUCAAUAUAAAAAGACAUAGUAGCUAUUUCUUGCAUAAUUUUGUUAUAUAGAACAGCUUUUAGGCAACUUUUAGUAAAAUUAUACAAGCACACCAUUCCCUAGUUACUACUUUGAUGCCCAAGGUGGGGGGAGUAGCUGCUUGCAUCUAUUGGCAUCAGGGCUCAUGAGGGCCAGGGAAACCACUCUAAUCCUUUGGGGGCAGCAGGGAGGGGUUUCUAGGGCUGUGGGGAAGGAAUUGCAAGUGCCUGGGAACCAGAUUGUCCUCUAGCCGUGGAAUUGAACACUUUUAAAUCUAAAAAACCUUAGCUCAGAAAGUACUGUGUACCAGUCUUUAGAAAGGUGGCCCGUACCACCAUGAACAACAAAAGAGCAUGGGCUAAAGUUGACGGACCUGGGUUCCAAUCCUGAUUCUGCUUUUAAUAACUGGAUGUAUGACCUGACCAAGUGGCUUUCUGUCAGCUACAGUUGUCAUCUCUGAAAUGCAAGUAAUACUUCUAUUUCGGAAGACCAUUUCUAGGAUUAACAGAAAUUACAGGAACAGAGGCACUUUAGGCUUGAGACAGCCCCUAUAAAGCAGUAGCUGUUUCUUAAUUGUUAGUCUGUUCGUGCUCUAGGAAAAGGGAACGAAGAGGUAAGAGAAUGGUGUUAGGGGACAGAUUAAAGGGAUGGUGUAGACUUUUGGGAUUGGUGGGUAUAUUUUGUGUUUUCCAGUUUAUUUUCACAUUGCUUUACUGUGUUAUUUCUAUAAAAUUUAAUGUUUUAAACCUCUUUUAUAAAAUUCAGUGACAACUAGUAGAAUUCUCUCCUUUGCAGAAGUUAACUUAUCUCCAAAGUGGCUGAAAAUAUUGUUCAUCAUUACAUGAUUAUCAAAUGACUGUGAAGAAUAUAAAAUUAAACUUAGUGACUUAAUUAGUCACUGCCUUGCUAACUGUGCUGUAAUUUUUUUAAACGUCUUGUUUUUAAUAUAGCAGACUAUCUCAAUACUGGCUGGAUUAGGUUAAAUAAAGAAUUUUUAUGUUCUCUAGGUGUACUUUGUCUGUUGAACAACUCCCAAAACGUAAUUUGUUAGUUUUUUAAAAUCCUAGUUAUCAAGAUACUAGUGAGAAUUUUCUUUUAGUAAAAAUCUGAAAUUUAAAGAAAAAACUAAAGAGAAAUUGUCUUAAUACAAGCAGGCUGGCCUAAAUUCCAACUACAUUCUGAUUUUUAAAAUGUAUACCCCCUCAGCCACUUGGACUGACUAUGAGUAGAUAACCACAGACAAGAUCUGUGGGUGGUCUCAUGCUACAGGGUAUCUUAAAGUAUGUUCACGUAGGUUAGGAACACAUUAAAAAAGUUGCUUCCUCUGAGGUACAAAGAACUUAAGUUUCUGAAGAUUAGAAUCUUCUAGAAUGAGUACAUCAAAUAAAGACCCAUCCAUGGGAAUUGUAUUUUUUCUAGUUUAUUUCAUUACCCCCAUCUGAGAGACUAGCAGAGAAGUGGCAUAGAGUCAGACAGUCCUAGAUGCAUAUUCUGAUAUUUAUAGGGCAAGUUACUUUAUCUCUCAGACCCUUAGUUUCCUCAUCAAUAAAAUGAAGAUUAUAAAACCUAUCUCCCCUGGUUGUUAUGAGAAUUAAGUGAGGAAACAUUCUACAACAGUUUGAUAUACAGAAAAACUAAAUCUGUGCCAAUUUAAGUAGACAUUUGUUUGCCCAUAGCCUUCCUUUGGUCCCCUGGGAUCUCAGGGUUGCCUCUUCUCUGCUACCUGCCACCCUAUACACCCACAAGAAAUGGUAGAGCGAUAAAAUGUCUUAUUUAACUGCCUUCCUGGAACAAAGAUUCUGAGCAAAGGGAAGAGAGAGUUUGCAGCUGAAUGGCUGUAGAAGCUUUGGACAUGCAACAGAGGUUAGGCUAUCAUUCUGGUCAACCUGUGCAGAUUAAGCCUUUUACUGAUAACCGCCUGCUAAGGUUACUAUAUGUCAGCAAUAUAUACUAUACUUCACCAGGUGUUUGUUGAGCACCUGUAUGAGCCAGACACUGCCAAGUCCUGGAGUAAAAUGGGGAAUAAGCCUGCUCUGAAAUAUUUAUUCUUAAGAGUACACUUUAAAAUUAAACUGUGAAAUACUUUGAACACUUAGAAGAUGUGCCCUGUUUAAAUAUGGACUCUCUAGUUUAAAAUUGGCAAGAAACAAUCUAUAACAGGAACUAAGAGGUUGUUCAUGAUUUUUUAAUAAUACACAUUUAUCAGUGUAUUUAUCAAUUCAGAUAAUUGUACACCAAAAAUAAGACCUGCAAAAGUACAUAAUUUUUAAGUAUAAGUCAAUCAAGUUUUGCAAAAUGAUCACAUAUAUCAUUAUCAGUAAGGGUCCAUUCAGGAGAUACAAAUCAGCUAUUUGAACAAGGAAAAUAAAAGAAAUUGUUAGCUGGUAGGAAGUAAAUGAUAAAAGGAGAAGACUAAUGAAAAGUAGGGGCAAAAAAGCAGCUACUCCUACUAGGCUGAAGGAGGGUAGACAUUAAGGGAACUAGGACUUUAAAGGUCUCUUUCCCUAAAAGGCUGAGAUUCAGACACUUUUGAAAAGGGUGCAGCUACCAUAGCACUUGUGUCAAGGGGUGGCAGAGAAAUUUGCCACAGGGCAGGCUGGAGCUGGUGUGUAGAAGCUGAGCUGGUCGGGAGAGAGAGGCCUGAGGAUGCAACUAGAUAGACGUGUCUAGGCUGCUGAGCUCCAGUGCUUAAAAGGUCAUAAUGGAGGCUAGAAUCUGGAAGGAAGGUGUCUUCCUGACACGAUAGCCUUGUGGUGUCACUCCUGUGCCUUCUGUUGAAAAAGCCUAAUGUUCCAAAGGAAAAAUGUUUACAGGAUCCAGUUCAGUGUCACAAAGUUGGACAAAGAAGGGUGGAUUUACAACUGAGUAAGUUGGCAGGGUAACCAGCGCCCCUCUUUGUGACCCCUCCUAAUAAUCUCUUAACACCCCACCCCACCCCUACCACAAGGAAACCUAACCCUGAUAUACUUGAUUCACAGGAAGGGCCCUAAGUGACUUAACAGCAUAACAUCCAGGAUGAUAAAUGGUCCAUUUGCAUAUAUUUGGGUUAGGGUAUAAAUUGGUAUGGAAGGCAAUCAGUAUCUAUUAAGAUUACAAAUGCAUGUACCCAUUGACCCAGCAGCUCCAGUCCCAGGAAUUUAUCUUAAGAUAUACUUGCACUUAAGUACAGCAACCUAUCUACCAAGUUACUUGUUGUCACAGUAUAUUGGACUCAAAUGUCUUAAGUAUGGAUUUGGUUAAAUAAAGUGUGGUACAUCCAUAACAAAACUACAAGCUAUAAAAAAGAAUGAAGCUGUUUACCUACUGAUGUGAAAAUAUUUCUAAUGUAUAUUAUUAAAAAAAAAAAAAAAACCUCAAGAUGUAGAACAGUGCUUAUAGCAUGUUACCCCUAGUGGAAAAUAGGGGAUGGGAAAAUUAAAUAAACAUUUGUUUAUGCCUUAAAAAUCUUUGGAAGGACACACAAGGAAACUAGUUGUCUACAGGAGGUUUGAGAACUGGGGAGAUGCAGGUUGGUAUAGGAGGGAUACUCCUUACUGUUACCUUUUAUACUUUUCUCCUAACUAUGUAGAUACAUUAUUUUUAAAGUAAGUAAGAAUUAAAUUUCCCCACUGAGGACAGUACUGAAAAUCAAAGGGGAAUUUGUAUCUCUUGAAGCUAGCAGUAUUUGAAUUCUAUGACAAUACUUUCUCCUUUCUAAAGACUGAUGUGAUUGCCUUUUGAGAAAUAAUAUUGCAUCUCCCUCAAGUGGAUCUUCCAGUAGUUAUUCAGUAAGUGCUAUUGAACUGAUUUUGCUUCCCAUAAGAUUAGUUUUUGACAAAACAUUUUACAACUAGUUUUGCCCAGCAAUGUACACAAUGAGUGGGUUUUGAGACAACGCUAUCCAACCCAUAAAAAUGGAUAUCAGGACUUAUCAAAGCAAGGAAAUAACAUAUCUUAAAGGUUUAUUACUUAUUCAUGUAUUUAUGCAUUCAUUCAUUCAUUUUGUUGAGUCAACAUUUCUUGAGAACUUAGUAUCUAUCUGAUAGUAUGCUAGGCAUGAAAAUUCAGAAUUCAUAAUACUAAUAAUUUAUAAUAUCCAAUUAUUUAUUGCAUGCUUACUAUAUGCCAGGUACUUAUCCAGAUAUGACUAUUAACUCAUUUAAUCCUCUUAACAACCCACACAUAGUUUUUAUAAGUUAUAGUAUACUACAAAUGAGGCAACUGAGGCACCCUGUUUUGGGUUUUUUUAAGUAAAUUACCCAGGGUUACAUUUCCUCUACCCUCAUAGAACUCACACUUUUAGUAGAGAGGACAGGAAGGAAAACAUAAAUCCCAAUACAGCGUGAAAAGUGUUUUGUCUUUUUUUUUUUUUUAAGUGUAAUGACAGAAGAGGUACAGAGGUAGCAAGGGAGUAGAGCUUCUUAAAGGUGGAUCUUGGAAGAUAAAUAUGAACCUGACAGGUGGGAAGAAAGAGGCGUAGACAGUGUCUUGAAGAAAAUUCUGAAAAAGUAGAGUGCUAUUGAUGUACUAGCAUCAUAUACUCAAAUAUAUUGAAAGGGGGGAAACUUUAAACCUGAGGUACUGUCAUAUAAAUGAACGAAACACUGGAAAGAGUAGCAGUUCUAAAAUAGACCCAAAAAUAAAUGGGUAUUUUGUAUAUGAAAAAGUAGCAUUUAAGUCAGUGAAAACAAAGAUGGAUUAAUCAGGAUAUAGUCUUGGAGCAAUUGGUAGCCAUCUGGAAAUUCCCUUUACCAAAAUAAACUUAAGAUGGAACAAAAAUUUAAGCAUGAAAAUCUUAACCAUUUAAACACAACAAAUGGGAGAAAAUAUUUUUUCUAUCUGAGACACAUAUCUGAUAAAGGACUUGUAUCCAAAAUACACAGAUAACUCUUAAAACUCAAUGAUUAAAAAAAAAAAAGCUGGGCAAAAGAUCUGAACAUACCCCUCACUAAAAAAGACCUACAGAUGGCAAAGAAAAAAAAAUAUGAAAAGAUGCUCAGCAGCAUAUAUCAUUAGGGAAUUGCAAAUUAAAAUAGCAAUGAGAUAUCACUGCACAGCUUUAGAUUAGCUAAAACCCCAAAUCCUGACAAUUAUCAAAUGCUGGUAAAUAAUGUAGAACAAGAAGAACUUUCAUUUAUUCUGGUAGAAAUGCAAAAUGAUACAGUCACUUGGGAGGUUAGGUAGUUUCUUAGAAAGCUCAACAGUCUUCCCAUGUCCUCCAACAGUCACAGUCACAGAUAUUUACCCAAGUCAAUUGAAAACUUAGAUUCACACAAAAACCUGCGUACAAGUGUUUAUAGCAGCUUAUUCAUAUUUGUCAAAAAAUAGAAGCAGCCAAGAUGUCCUUCAAAUUUAAUGGAUAAACUGUGGUGGAUUAUUAUUCAGCAAGGAGAGAAAAAUGAGCUAUAAAGCCACAAAAAAAGACAUGGAGGAAAGCUAAAUGCAUAUUGUUAUUAAAAAAAAAAAAAACCAGUCUUGAUAAGCUGUAUGAGUUCAACUAUAUAGCAUUCUGGAAAAGGCAAAACUACAGAAACAAGAUUUAAAAAUCAGCUGUUUACCAGGGGUUGGAGCAGGAAGUAGAGGAUAAGGCUAACAAAUAUGUGAAGUACAGGAAUUUUGGGGCCGUGAAAAUAUGCUAUAUAAUAAUGGAAAUUAACAUAUUAAUUAUGUUAAUGGUAAAUACAUGACAUUAUGCGUUUGUCAAAAUCCAUAGAAUUGUGUAACACAAAGAACCUUAAUGUAAACUGCAGAUUUUAGUUAACAAUUAUGUAUCAAUAUUGUUUCAUUCACUGUAACAAAUGUAACAAACUAAUGUAAACUCUUAAUGAUAAGGGAAACUAAGUGGUGGGGGGCAAAACUGUUUUGUACUACCUGCUCAAUUUUUCUGUAAAUCUAAAACUGUUCUUAAAAAAUAAAAUCUAUUAAUAUAAAAAAUUUUAA